CCAAGAGGUUUUUUUUAGGGGAAUUCUCGACCAGGGGAAGGGGCCAAUGUAUAGAACAAUCUAUAGCGAAGUUUUGUUAUAUCAAGUUGACAAAGAAUCAAUUAUUUGGGGCAAUUUUGUGCCCGAGGCAUGGUCUAACUGGUGUAAAUAAUCAUAUUAAGAAGAAAGAUUUGGAGCAAUCCAAUUUGCCGGAUCUUUGGUAAAACAUGGGAUCUCUAACAAGCAUUUUGAAUAUAUCUUUAAUCUAUGGAUAUCCAUGGGGUUCAAAUCAAUAAUUUGCCAAAUGGUGUAUUUGUAUCAAUGCAUCUUGUCUGCUUUGCGAUUUGCUAAGAGCUAUUGGCCAUACUCAUGAAGCAAACAAGUUAAUUAAUUAUGAUGCUCAAAGUUGAUAGCAUUGUUUGUUACUUGGGCAAAAGAUUUCAUUAAUUGCUGCCAUUCAAUGAUAUUGGAUCACAACUCUCAUGUGAUCUUUUCCACCUUGCAGGUGAAGCUCUGUGACAUAUGUGGUAAUGGUGGUUUCGGGGAGCUUAUAGCAACCUGCUCUAAAUGUGGAAUAUCUCAAGAACAUCUUUAUUGCACGAGGGUUUUGUUCAAGGAUACCAUAGAAGAUUGGAUAUGUGAAACGUGUACAUCAUGCACAGACAUAGCUUCACCAGUUUCGCUAGGAUGUGGCAGGAAGGAAGACUCACAGAAUUGCUCUGAUGCUUUGCGACAUGAAUCACAUGAUGCUCUGAUAAUUUCUGAUGAUUUGCGAGGGCCGCAUCAUUCUAAAAGGCAGCAUGCAGUAAAAUCUGGAAAAGUGAAGUUUCUUACUGCUGAAGAAGUCAUUAGAUUAUCAUCAGGAACCACUAAAAAGGAACCUUCUUCAAGAAGUAACUUCAGAUGCACAACUAGUCAUUCUUCUGUCACUUCAAAAAUCUCUCCUACCAGGGUGCCUCCGAACCCCCCCAGAAUUAUCCCUUCAUGUCCUAUAAAGCCCUAUGGACAUGGCAGAAUGCAAACCAGUUCAACAACUAAUAAUCAACAGUCUCCGAGAACAUCAAAAGGAAAGAACUCUUGCCCCGUUACUGUAGCUAUAAAUUCUGAUGUUGAAGAGAGAGACCUGCCGAAUAUUCUGCCUAAGCUUAGGCUGUAUCAUCCUCAUUUCCCUGCUUUGCAUGUGACUUGGAAGGGAGGCUUCAAGUUUGAUGUUGCCACACAACAAAUGUUUUAUGGUGGAUUCCAGGCUCAGCUGCCAUGCAGAGUACAUAGGAAAGCUUACGAGUCUUCACGGAAGAUUCCAUUAAUCCUUCAAGUUAAAUUACUUCCACAAUGUGAUAUUUGGGAAGACCUAUUCCAAGACAGUUGUCCAGAUUUCUGUGAUAUUGCACUUUAUUUUUUCCCUUCUGCUAAUAUUGAGAGAUCAAAAGAGAACCAUGCUAGCCUAUUCCGGCUUAUGGAAACAGAAAAUGCAGUGAUGAGAAGUUACAUUGAUGGUGUAGAGUUGUUGAUAUUCACAUCUAAACAGCUGCAUGUGGAAUCGCAGGAUAUUAUUGCAAGGUCAGGCAUGGGAAACUUCUUAUGGGGAGUUUUCCGGCAUGCAAAACAUGAUAAAAUUAUUUGUAACAAAUUCCCUUCAUUGGCUACUGCUUUGGGAAGUGAACAUGAUGACCAUGCCAACAUGGGUAGAGAUGAGGCUGUUGACAUGGAAAUUGACAUGGUAGGUGGAACUGUUAUAGGUAGGAUUGAUGUGGCUGUUUCAAAAGAAUCAUCCAGUAGGUUCUGUGUGGAGUCUAACAAGGAAACUGUUGAUGAAGAUGCCUCGAAAUCCAAUAUCUUAUAUUCUUUCAAGGAUUUGGAUUCCACUGUCGAACAUGCAAUUUCUAAACCUGAACAAGCUCACCAUUUAGUUGCUAAGAAGAUAAGAGGUGAUAUGGCCUCUCUGGAUCCCUUGCAGAGCUGUCUUGGAAAGUUAUCUGAUGCUAUGGAUGAUGCAGGUGUUCCCCCAGGAUUUGUAGAGUCGUUGAAGCUGAAAUUCAGCAACAUUUUACAGGAGAACGCACUUGAGAGGGUGAAUGGAGAUGGAGAUAGAUAUCUUAAAUCUUACCCUAUGGAGGUUAAAACAAAAUUGCAAAAUUCUGAUAAUCUUGAACAAGAUUUCAGUCCUAAAUUGCAUACCAAAUCACCAAGGCAGGAUCCGCAGAUGAUGGAGUCAGGCUGAACGUGGCUGGGGUUUUGAAGGGACAUCUGGAAAUUGGAUUCCAGGCUUCACGCUCAAUCUGGGUAAGCGAAGGAGCUUCAUGUCAUCUGAGUUGUGGGGUAUAUUUGAGGGCUUAAUGUUUGCAUGGGAAGAGGGAAUUAGGAAAGUAUUGGUGCAGUCUGAUUCUCGUGUGGCAGUUGAGUCUCUGAAGAGAGCCCCUGAUGCAUUUGAUCCUAAUAGAGAACUCAUUAACUGCUGCAUUAAUCUUAUCAAGCGCAAAUGGGAUUGCAAAGUUGAAUAUAUCGACAGAGAAGCGAACUUGGCCGCGAAGGCCGUAGCAGCUAACUUUGAAAACCUUUCAUUGGAAGUUACCCUCUACAAAUAGCCAGCCUCCCGGUGUAUUUUGGGCACAAAGAUUCUGUGGGGGAAUUGGUUGUCAGUCUUAGUUGUAAAAAGCUCAAGAAAAUAUCCAGCUAUAGGUUGAUUUGAAGGGAAAAAAGUGAGAACUAAUUAACAAAUUUUAGUCUGAACGGAUAGGUUCCAUAGACAUAGCUUUAAAAAUAUACGGGAUAUAUUUAUUUGAAUAUAUCAGCUCCAUCCUAUUUGGAAACCAACUUUUAAAUCCCCCUCGCUGAAAUUGCAUCUGCAAUAUCCUUUUCUUAUCCAAAUUCAGGUGAGGUGAAACAAACACCUUGAUCUUUUGCAGUUGAUUGGUCAGCCGUGACUAAAUGCUUGCUCUUGUUUAGCCUCGACGGCACCGUGCGGUCUUGAAUGCAAGAGGUGAAAAUAGGGUCAAAUGCACACGUAGGAUAUGAUUGUGCUUGUGAAUCGCUACAACAGCAGAAGUUUAUAUCUGUUUCUGCG